UUCUCUCUUCGUCGCUUUACCAAGAAACCAACGAGCGGACAAGAUGGACGGGCGGUUCCACGCAGCGCAGGACGCAGUCGUCAAGGUGCUGGUCCUCGGCGACGCGGCCACGGGCAAGACCAGCAUCAUCAAGCGCUACGUGCACAACGUCUUCUCGGACCAGCACAAGACCACGAUCGGGGUCGACUUUGCGCUCAAGCCCGUGACGGUCCAGAACACGACGCUCCGCGUCCAGCUCUGGGACAUUGCCGGGCAGGAGCACUUCCGCGCCUUGAACCGCGUCUACUACAAGGACGCGCUUGGCGCGCUCGUCGUCUACGACAUGUCGCGCCCCGAUACGUUCGAGUCGGCGCUCAAGUGGAAGAAGGAGAUUGAUACCAAGGUGGAGCUGCCCAACAAGAAGCCAUUGCCCGUGAUCCUCUGCGGCAACAAGUGCGACGUGGCGGGCGAGAUCGACCGCGCCUUCUUGGAUGGCUUUUGCGAGACAAAUGGCUUUGCGGGCUGGUUUGAGACCUCGGCGAAAGAGAACAUCCACAUUGACGAGGCCAACAAGGCGCUCGUGGCGGCGAUUCUGGCCCAUCGCGACGUCUUUGAGAAGAAGCAGGAGCCGCGUCGCGACACGGUGCGCCCGACCGCCGAGGCCUUCCACGCGCGCAACAACAACAACGAUAGCUCGUGGUCGUGCUGCAGCAGCUUGUGAGCAGGAAGAUGGGCGAGGAUGUAAUAACGGCGAUGAAUUUUGACUUUAUU